AUGGAACAAUACCACUUUGUGAUCAAGGACGCCAAGUCAGCCUCGCUGUCCAAGGGCGAUGAAGAAGAGGCUUAUAGAAUUCGAAGUCAUGCCCAAACGAGACGACGACAAGGUGAAAGAUCUGCAGCGCCGUCCGACCUCCUACAAGCCGUGGCAUCGAUCCCUAAGGAAAGGUCCCGGGGCAGACGACCGACCUCUGAUAACCAGGAAGAGACCACUUCACGAGAACGCUCGCAAUUUCCUGAGGUCAACUCCACCACCAUCGACUUCCCAUUUUCAUCUGAGAGCACCACCAUUGUUCAGUCGCAUUGGAACCAUUACUUCUGGGGUGCGGCCAGAGGGGAAGAGCUGGACCACCCGAGUGUCGUAUCCGUUUCUGUUCAGCCUUCAGGCACUUCGAUCGAUCCUUUCAACAGCACCAACAUGAUUCAUCACUUUUCGGCUUACCGACUGAUGCAAUUCUUGCAGUCUGAUUUCAACUCUUCUACCUUUCGAGCCGAGGCCUUGGGCCACCCUUUGGAAGCGAUAUCGCGGACUGGGGCCUUUCAUCAUGAGGCUGCAUAUUCGGAGCGAAUGCGCCAUGCCUUGCAGAACGAUAUGAUGAUGUUUUCGAUUCUGGCGUACGCCUCAGGGGCCAUUGGUUGGCGGUACGGUGUUCGCUUUGAAGAGUUCCCACCCGAGUAUUUCAUCCAACAGACGUACCGAAGCAUUCGAGAACGCUUGCAGCGGUUGGAACAAGUAGAAGAAGCUCUUCUCUGGUCAUGUAUCGGGCUAGCUGCCGCGGAAAUGUGGCUGUUCAACUUUGAUGCUGCUGCCACGUACAUGAGAGCUGUUCAAGUCCUCAUAUCAUAA